UCCAACUUGGAAUUGCUUGGAAUCAAAAAUGGCUGACAGCGGGGAUGCCGUCAACAGUACAUCGUCAGGAAAAGCGGCCAGAAAUACUGUCAUCGAUGGACCUGUCACCGAUCCAGCAUCGAAUACCAAGAGCCUAGAGGCAUCAAAUAAUGCCUUUCACGGCGCGAGAACAAAAUUAGAUUCCAAGUCUGGCGCUUUGAAGAAGUCCAGCCGCUAUCGUAGCCGAUCAUUGUCAGCCAGCAGUACAGACAGUUACAGUUCUGCUUCUUAUACAGGAAGCUCAUCGGACGAGGACGAUGUCUCGCCGCGCGAGAAGAUCCAGAAAACGGAGAAGGGAUUCACCGAUUUCUGCGUACGGAAUAUCAAGCAACACGCGUUCGGUCGAAGGGAAAUAGAAAUAGCAGAACAAGAAAUGCCUGGUAUAAUGGCUCUCCGUAAACGCGCAGCCGACGACAAGCCGCUGAAAAAUGCUAAAAUUGUGGGGUGUACUCAUAUCAAUGCUCAAACCGCUGUCCUGAUCGAAACACUGGUACAUUUGGGCGCACAAGUAAGAUGGGCGGCAUGUAACAUAUAUUCUACGCAAAACGAAGUGGCCGCUGCCCUUGCUCAUGCUAGUUACCCGAUAUUUGCCUGGCGCGGCGAAACCGAGGAAGACUUUUGGUGGUGUAUCGACAAAUGUGUCGCGGCUGAGAAUUGGCAGCCCAAUAUGAUAUUGGACGACGGCGGAGACGCGACACAUUUAAUGCUCAAAAAAUAUAACGCCAUGUUUAAGAUGAUUCAGGGAAUAGUUGAGGAGAGUGUAACGGGCGUACAUAGAUUAUACCAAUUAUCGAAAGCGGGCAAAUUAUCGGUCCCUGCUAUGAAUGUGAAUGACAGUGUAACGAAGACCAAGUUUGACAAUCUUUAUAGCUGCCGCGAAAGUAUUAUCGAUAGUUUAAAAAGAUCCACGGAUAUCAUGUUUGGUGGAAAGCAAGUAGUAAUCUGUGGCUAUGGCGAAGUUGGCAAAGGCUGUUGCCAAGCUCUUAAAGGUCUGGGAUGUAUUGUUUAUAUAACAGAGAUUGAUCCAAUUUGUGCUUUGCAAGCCAGUAUGGAUGGCUUUAGAGUAAUGAAGCUAAAUGAAGUGAUCAGAAACGUUGACAUUGUUAUUACAGCGACCGGCAAUAAGAACGUUGUUACACGCGAGCAUAUGGAUAAGAUGAAGAACGGGUGCGUGGUGUGCAAUAUGGGACACAGCAAUACGGAGAUAGACAUUAACAGUUUACGCACGCCCGAUUUAACUUGGGAAAAAGUCAGGUCACAAGUGGAUCAUGUUAUCUGGCCAGACGGAAAGCGCAUCGUGUUAUUAGCGGAAGGUCGUUUAGUCAACUUGUCUUGUUCCAGCAUUCCCUCAUUUGUUGUAUCAAUUACAGCCGCUACCCAAGCGUUAGCACUUAUUGAACUUUUUAAUGCGCCCCCGGGACGCUACAAAAGCGACGUUUAUCUCCUACCGAAAAAGAUGGAUGAGUACGUUGCAUCGUUACAUUUGCCAACAUUCGAUGCACACUUGACGGAAUUGACGGACGAGCAAGCAAAAUACAUGGGACUUAAUAAGGCUGGACCUUUUAAGCCUAACUAUUACCGCUAUUAAAAAUGUGGACGGUGUCGCAUGGCGAAUUAUAUGGCGAUAUUGGAAACUUUUACGUUCACGAGUAUUAAGGAAGCUGCAUCAUAUCAAUAAAUUUUUUUCUGUUGAUUUCGGUUAUCCAGAUCAAUGGAAACGUUUGAUAAAGUUUCCUGUUAACUUUAAACGCAAUUCUAAACUAUUUUAUUGCCAUAGACAAGUAUUUUCCGUGUGUUCCAACAGAAAUGUCGCCUCAGCACUGGUUGCAAUAAUCAAUACUAGGAAGUUAUAUAAGCGAAACAUGUGUAUUGGAUUAAGUUCCGCGCGUAUAUAACGGAUUAAUUUAUAAUUUGUGCAAGCAUAGAAUCAGACGUGCAGUUGAGUCCAUCAAAACGGAGAUGAAGUUUGCCAAAUGUCAAUUUUUUAUGGCGAAAAAGAAAAAGAAUGUGGUAACGAUAAACACGCGUAAAACAUUUUUAAUGCCAUAGACUAUACGCGGUUAGAAAUUGUAAUUGAGAUUAUCGCGAUCUGUUAGAUACUAUUUUCAGUAAAAUAUUAGCUACGAAGAACACCAAUUUUUCUGGUACCACUAAAAAAAUUUGUACGUGUAUAUAGAAAAUUGAACUUUGCUAAACACUGAUCGUACGAUCGACCCGAAAGGCAUAACAUGCAUCUCCCGAUGAGUUAAUGUCUACAACAAUUACAUCCAAAUCGUUGUCCCUCGAUUUGUUAAUUGAA